GUUAAAGACUGAAAACCCCCAAAGAUCUCCCAAAAGUGCUCUUCAAGGCAUCAGCUCGGCCUCUUCGCUCGACCUGACCUUGCCUCUAGGCUAAGUGGGCAACAUGAGUGGCAACAACUUGGAUGCAAACGACGAGUUUGAUGAGCAGUUGCGAAUGCAAGAGUUGUAUGGAGACACCAAGGAUGACGACACCGACAAAGAUCCCGGUGGAGAAACCGAUUCUUUCAGGCAGCAGCCAACUGACACCCCGUACGAGUGGGACCUCGACAAGAAGGCUUGGUUCCCCAAGAUCACUGAAGAUUUCAUUGCUACAUAUCAGGCCAAUUACAGCUUUUCUAACGAUGGUGCAUCUAGUUUUACUGCAAGUGUCCAAGAUGUCAGUGCUAGGACUGCAAAAGAACCUCCGCAAAGACAAUCUCCUGAACCCAGUGAUCUGAAAAAGAAGGGAGAAAAGAGAAAGGCUGAAUCAGGAUGGUUUUGUGUUGAAGAAGACAGAAAUACAAAUGUUUAUGUGUCUGGUUUGCCUCCAGACAUUACAGUGGAUGAAUUUAUACAGCUCAUGUCGAAGUUUGGCAUUAUUAUGAGAGAUCCUCAAACAGAAGAAUUUAAAGUCAAGCUUUACAAAGAUAAUCAAGGAAAUCUUAAAGGAGAUGGACUUUGCUGUUAUUUGAAGAGAGAAUCUGUGGAUCUGGCAUUAAAACUUUUGGAUGAAGAUGAAAUUAGAGGCUACAAAUUACACUUGGAGGUGGCAAAAUUUCAGUUAAAGGGAGAAUAUGACGCCUCAAAGAAGAAGAAGAAGUGCAAAGACUACAAGAAAAAGCUGUCUAUGCAACAAAAGCAGUUGGACUGGAGACCCGAGGGACGAGCUGGCCUGUCCCGAAUGCGCCAUGAGCAAGUUGUCAUCCUCAAAAACAUGUUUCAUCCAGUGGAUUUUGAGGAUGAUCCACUGGUGUUGAAUGAAAUCAGAGAAGACCUUCGAGUAGAGUGCUCAAAGUUUGGACAAAUUAGGAAGCUCCUUCUCUUUGAUAGACACCCCGAUGGUGUGGCCUCUGUGUCCUUUAGGGAUCCAGAGGAAGCUGAUUAUUGUAUCCAAACCCUCAAUGGAAGGUGGUUUGGUGGGCGUCAAAUCACUGCCCAAGCAUGGGAUGGAACUACAGAUUAUCAGGUGGAGGAGACCACAAGAGAAAGGGAGGAAAGGCUGAGAGGAUGGGAGGCUUUCCUCAAUGCUCCUGAGGCCAACAGAGGCCUGCAGCAUUCAGAUUCCAUCCGUGCUCCAGAAAGGGCAGGGCAUUUUUCUGAGCACCCUGGCACAUCUCAAACAAAUGUUCAAGCAGCUGCAACUGAAGUGGCAUUUGAAGAACCUAUAGAUGAAAAGAAGUUUGAAAAAAUGGAAGAUGGGGGAGAAAUUGAAGAAGUUGCUUCUGAAAAAGAUGUUAAAGAAAGUGGCCCUGAGAAAGAAGCUGAAGGUCCCCAAGAAGAAUCUGAAGAGAGCUGCCUUGAAAGAGAGUCUAAGGAAGGCUGUUCCAAAAGAGAGAGUGAAGAAGACUUCCCCGAGAGAGAGUCUGGAGAAGGCAGCCCUAAGAAAGAGCGUGAAGAGGGUAAUCCUAACAAAGAGUCAAAAGAGACUGUCCCUGAAAGAGAAUCCAAAAAGAAGAAACUCAAAACGGAUCCUGACAAGAAUGGCCAUGAGAAGGAGUCUGAAGAAGGCCCCGGCAAGGAGUCUGAGGGGGAGGCCAGCCCCCAAAACGUGGCUUCUGAAGAUGACGACUCAGAACAAAAGUCUGAAGACUGCUCGGAAAAGCAGUUUGAAGAUGGCUCUGAAAAAGAGUUAGAAGAAAAUGGCCUUGAGAAAGGCUUUGAGGAAGAUGCCUCUGACAAGGAAUUUAAUGAAAACAUUCCGGAAAAAGAGUUAGAAGAAAAUGAGUCUGAAAAAUCAGAAUUCGAAGAUGACAGCUCUGAAAAAGUGUUUGAUGAAGAAGUCUUUGAGAAAGAGUUUGAAGAAGAGUCAGAUGAAAAGGAAGGAGAGGAAGAUGCAUGUGAAAAGCUAUUUGAUGAUGAGUCAGAUGAGAAGGAGGAUGAAGAAGGUGCAGAAGAAGAGGAACUUGAAGAUGCUGAUGAAAAGGACAAAGAAGAUGAUGCAGAUGAAGAGGUAUUUGAAGAUUCGGACGGAAAAGAUGAAGAUGGAGAUGUAAAGGAAGAUGAAGGCAUAGAUGAAAAGGUAUUUGAAGAUGAUGAUUCCAACGAGAAGUUGUUUGAUGACGAUUCCAGUGACAAAUUGUUUGAAGAUUCUGACUAGAGAGGGACUGUGGGUGGUUUAGGGAAUGUUAAGGAGGAAGGGCCCUUGUCCACAGGCAGCAGCUUUGUUCUCAGUAGUGAGGAUGAUGAUGAUGACGACACUAUUUAAUCCCUUAAGCUUGCUUUUUACGGAGAUUCCUUCUCCAUUUUGCCUCUGCUGCAGGGUAAUUACUCAUAGUGUUACAUGAAUGUGUGCAUAGAGGUAGGAUGCCAUCUGAUUAAUGCAGUGAAGUGUUCAUGGUUACCUGUACCUAAUGGUUUUAAAUAUGUGUUCAUUGGCUGUUCAGUUCAAACUCCAUAGCAUAAUGCAAGUUACCUUGCUCCUUGUCCUUUGUCAGAUUUGUUAAGU